AGACGGCGUUGUCUGGGGCUGCACCUGGCCCAAGUGCUUCCCGGUGCCCGGGUGUCAUGGAAAGGCUGCUGACGAGAUGCAGAGCUCUGCCCGUGCCGGCCACCUGCAACCACCAGCUCUCUGGGUAUAUUCUCCGCAGGUUUCCCCACUGUGCCCCAGGGAGAGGGAAGCGCUUGGUGCUGUCCCGCAUGUUCCAGCCCCAGAACCUUCGGGAAGACCAGGUGCUCUCCCUGGAAGGCAAAUCUGAUGACCUGACCUGUAAGAGCCAGCGGCUGAUGCUGCAGGUGGGCCUGAUCCACCCAGCAAGCUCUGGCUGUUACCACCUUCUGCCUUACACUGUCCGUGCCAUGGAGAAGCUGGUGCGGGUGAUAGACCAGGAGAUGCAGGCCAUUGGUGGGCAGAAGGUCAACAUGCCCAGCCUCAGCCCAGCAGAGCUCUGGCGAGCCACCAACAGGUGGGACUUGAUGGGCAAGGAGCUGCUAAGACUUAGAGACAGACACAGCAAGGAAUACUGCUUAGGACCAACUCACGAGGAAGCCAUUACAGCCCUGGUUGCCUCCCAGAAGACACUGUCCUACAAGCAGCUCCCGUUCCUACUAUACCAGGUGACACGGAAGUUUCGGGAUGAGCCUAGGCCCCGCUUUGGUCUUCUCCGUGGCCGAGAGUUUUACAUGAAGGACAUGUACACCUUUGACUCCUCCCCAGAGGCCGCCCGGCAGACCUACAGCCUGGUGUGCGAUGCCUACAGCCGCCUGUUCGACAGGCUGGGGCUGCAGUGUGUCAAGGUCCAGGCAGACGUGGGCAGCAUCGGGGGCACAAUGUCUCACGAGUUCCAGCUACCAGUGGAUAUCGGAGAGGACCGGUUUGCUGUUUGUCCCAGCUGCAGCUUCGCAGCCAAUGUGGAGACUCUAGACUUGUCACAGAUGAACUGCCCUGCUUGCCAGGGCCCACUGACCGAAACCAAAGGCAUUGAGGUGGGGCACACGUUCUACCUGGGCACCAAGUACUCCUCUGUUUUUAAUGCCCAGUUUAUUAAUGUCCAUGGCAAACCUUCCCUGGCUGAAAUGGGAUGCUAUGGCUUGGGUGUGACACGGAUCUUGGCUGCUGCCAUUGAGGUUCUCUCCACAGAAGACUGCAUUCGCUGGCCUGGCCUCCUGGCUCCUUACCAAGUCUGCCUCAUCCCCCCAAAGAAGGGCAGUAAGGAGGAGGCGGCUGCAGAGCUCACGGGCCCCCUGUACGACCACAUCGCAGAGGCGGUGCCGCAGCUUCGUGGGGAGGUCCUUCUGGACGACAGGACCCAUCUGACCAUUGGAAACAGACUGAAAGAUGCCAACAAGUUUGGCUACCCUUUUGUGAUCAUCACUGGCAAGAGGGCCCUGGAGGACCCUGCCCUUUUUGAGGUUUGGUGCCAGAACACUAGUGAGGUGGUCUUCCUCACCGAAGAAGCAGUCGUGGAGUUACUGAGCCACGUGCAGGUUGUCUGAAUGCCCCAGCCCACCGCCUCCUGUCGUCACCUUGGAGUUCAUUCAGCGCUGCCUUUCCCACACUCCUUUCUGGGGCUGGUCUCCAGAAACAGGGCAGCUCAUGGACGAUGAGCACGUGUUGGGGAAACCAAUUUUUAUGCAGUCAUUUGUUCAAACUAUUUGUAUUUAAAGUCAUUAACUUUGUCCCUUUCUCUGGACUGGCCAUGCUGCCACAUGCCAUUCCUUUUAUAUCUCAGUGUGGAAGCUUCUGUGAGGAGGUAGGGAGGCAAGAAAGAGCAGACUUCUCAUCUUGGCCCCCAGGCGAGUCACUGCCCUUCUCUCAGCUGGUUCCCAUGUGUAGGUGGGAGUGGCUGGUGGCCGAGGCCUUCCCGGCUCCGGAGUCUGACCACAGGUCACUUGCUGCAUGCAGUCUGGACAGCAGGCCCUCCAGCCCCCCUCCA